AUGUUAGCAUAUGGCGUAGCUGCUGAUGCCGUUGAUGAUUAUGUGCGCAUAGGCGACACCACUACAAUUGAAUGCUUGAAAAAAUUUGUUGAAGGUGUCAUUUCGGUGUUCGAGGAUGAAUACUUGCAAAAAUCAAAUUCAAAUGAUGUACGACGCCUGCCACAAAUGGUGGAAGGUCGUGACUUUCCUUGCACAUGUUGGGUAGCAUUGACUGCAUGCAUUGGCAAUGAAAAAAUUGUCAAAAGACGUGAAAAGGUAUUUUCUGGUUCAAAUAAUGAUGUCAACGUGUUAGAUUGUUCACUAAUGUUCGAUGAUGUUCUAAAUGACCGUGCUUCGGAGGUAAACUAUACUAUUAAUAGUAAUAACUAUACUAUGGGAUACUAUUUAGCAGAUGGUAUUUAUCCUGAACGGGUCAUAUUUGUCAAAUCAAUCUCAAAAUCACAAGGGGAGAAACGCAAGUUAUUUGCACAAUACCAAGAAGCGCACAGAAAAGAUGUAGAGUGA